AUUUAAGAUAUUAUAUGAUGAAUGAAAGUUACUUGAAGGCUAAAGCUCAAACCAGCCAUGAUAAAAAAUCACAGAACCAUGAAAAUCUUUUGCUUAAUGCUAAAGAGCAAGGAGAGGUUAAUGGGAUCGACAAGAAAGAAAUAGACCCAAGUCCUCAUUUCCAAACACCAAAAUGCCCAUUACAGGACAUCAGAGACUUCGUAAUGCCAGUCGAUCAGCAAAUUGAAAAACAGAGGCGCUCAACCAAAAGACUUAGUGGGGCUAGCUCACUUCUGCUCAAUCCUGAUACAAAACUAACAAAUUCAAGCAUCGAGGUUUAUUUCAACACGGAUUUGAAAUAGGGCCCCACCUGAUGAGUUCGACGAAUGCUCUAUUCACUUGUCUAAGGUCGGUGUCACAGAGAGAAGGAAGAAACCUGAAACUCAGUGUUUUAGCUGCACUUCAGGAUGUGUGGUUUUCUAAAAUUUGGAACCUACAGAGGUCUAGAGUGGAGAUAAUGAAGUUUUGAACAAUUUUAUGGAG